AUGGAGAAGGACGCAGACGGGUUUUAUGAUACCCCGAAACUGGAAGCUUCUGCGCCACUUGCACAGGCUGAAAGCAAGGGUACGAAGGAGGAAGAACAGCCUGAGCCUAUUCCAUCUUCAAGUUCUAGAACCGACUUGAUUUCGUCGACAUUCGAGGUCACGGUCACACUUGCAGACCAGCAGGCCGACCCGAAUUCCCCUUUAUUUAGCGCCAAGACAUUUGAGGAGCUUGGACUCCAUCAAGAUUUAUUGAAGGGUCUCUAUGAUCUUGGUUUCUCGAAGCCAUCGAAGAUCCAAGAGCGUGCACUGCCGUUAUUGCUUGCAAAUCCUCCUCAGAACAUGAUCGGACAAUCGCAAUCUGGCACAGGCAAAACUGCCGCAUUUGUGCUUACCAUGCUGAGUCGUGUAGAUUUCUCCAAGAACAAGACACAGGCACUAUGUCUAGCUCCUUCACGAGAACUUGCACGUCAGAUUAUGAGUGUUGUCGUUGCUAUGGGAAAAUUUACUCCAGUUCAAACGGAAUACGCAAUAAAGGAUAACCUUCCCAAGGGUACAUCACGGAUAACUGCACAUAUUGUCGUCGGGACUCCGGGAACAAUGACAGAUCUUUUAAGACGAAAGGUCAUCGAUACAUCUGAAGUCAAGGUGUUCGUUCUCGAUGAAGCAGAUAACAUGCUUGAUCAGGAUGGACUCGGUGACCAAACACUGCGGGUAAAGAACCUCAUUCCCCGAACAGGCGUUCAAAUUAUCCUAUUUUCGGCAACAUUCCCCGAUCACGUCCGCAAUUUCGCUAGUAAAUUUGCUCCCAGUGCGAACAAGAUCGAGCUUCAGAGGGAGGAACUCUCUGUGGAAGGCAUCCGGCAAUUUUACAUGGAUUGUAGAAAUGAAGAACACAAAUACGAUAUCCUCGUGUCCCUGUACCAGCUUUUGACGAUCGGUCAGAGUAUCAUCUUCUGCCAGCAUCGCCAUACAGCAGAUAGAAUAUCACAACGCAUGUCAGCCGAGGGUCACAAAGUGGCAUCACUGCAUGGUGCCAAGGACGCCGCAGAACGUGACGCUAUUAUUGACAACUUCCGUGAAGGACGGGACAAAGUUCUUAUCACGACAAAUGUCAUCGCACGUGGCAUCGACAUCAUGCAGGUCAACAUGGUAGUGAAUUACGACCUGCCAUUGAUGAAUGAGCGUGGAAAUCAACACUCCCAUGACGCAAGACCCGACGUUGAGACGUACAUCCACCGUAUUGGCCGCACUGGUCGCUUCGGGCGCAAGGGUAUCUCAAUAAAUUUUGUCCAUGACCGCCAGACCUGGUCACAGAUGGAGGAGAUUGAAAAGACACUGGGCAAGAAGAUUAUCCGAAUAGAGACCAACGAUCUGGAGGAGAUGGAAGAGAAAAUGAAGAAGGCGUUGAAGUAAUCUGUGCUUUUGUACUCGGAUGUGGAUUCUCUGUUGUAUUUUCUAAUCAUGUUAUGUCUCCCUUAAUCGGCCAAAUGUUCAUGGCUGGAUGGAAGUUUCAAUUGUGUGCAGUUUUGUACUGUGAUUUCUCGAUCUGGGUGUGGACCACGGAUUGAGGAAAUAGUAGAAAGCGGGUGCAUGUGGCACUCGGGAAAAUUGGCAUAUAUGUCUGCGCGAGGCCUAGUAACAUGCU